AUGAAGCUAUCCACAUCCGCCACUUUACUAUCUGCUGCCUCCGUCGCUUUGGCUAACACUAUCACACCAGCUGAAAAUGCUGAAUUACAAGUUGUUCUAGCUGAUGUUAAUGAUAACCUAGGUAACUACAUGAACCUAUUGACUGUUUCAGGUUUCACCUUACCAGACAACAUUAUUGACAUUUACAUAGGUAUGGGUACUGAUCCAGUUAGUUACACCACUCUUUUCACAGAACUAGACAUGGGCCAAAUUAGUGCUAUGUUAACAUGGUUACCAUGGUACUCUUCUUUGGAACCAAAGAUCUCAGCUGCUAUGGCUCCAUUCCAAACUACCUCUACUUCUACAACCACCUCUAUUACAACUUCAACUGCUCAAACCCCAAAGACCGUUGCUAAGACCACCACUACUCCAGUUGCUGCUGCUUCUUCUGCUCCAGCUGCCGUCUCUUCUAUUGCUCCAAUUUUCUCUAACUCAACUACCAUGGCUCCAUUCCAAACUACCUCUACUUCUACAACCACCUCUAUUACAACUUCAACUGCUCAAACCCCAAAGACCGUUGCUAAGACCACCACUACUGCCUCCGUCGCUUUGGCUAACACUAUCACACCAGCUGAAAAUGCUGAAUUACAAGUUGUUCUAGCUGAUGUUAAUGAUAACCUAGGUAACUACAUGAACCUAUUGACUGUUUCAGGUUUCUCCUUACCAGACAACAUUGUUAACGUUUACAUGGGUAUGGGUGCUGAUCCAGUUAGUUACACCACUCUUUUCACAGAACUAGACAUGGGCCAAAUUAGUGCUAUGUUAACAUGGUUACCAUGGUACUCUUCUUUGGAACCAAAGAUCUCAGCUGCUAUGGCUCCAUUCCAAACUACCUCUACUUCUACAACCACCUCUAUUACAACUUCAACUGCUCAAACCCCAAAGACCGUUGCUAAGACCACCAUCUCAGCUGCUAUGGCUCCAUUCCAAACUACCUCUACUUCUACAACCACCUCUAUUACAACUUCAACUGCUCAAACCCCAAAGACCGUUGCUAAGACCACCACUACUGCCUCCGUCGCUUUGGCUAACACUAUCACACCAGCUGAAAAUGCUGAAUUACAAGUUGUUCUAGCUGAUGUUAAUGAUAACCUAGGUAACUACAUGAACCUAUUGACUGUUUCAGGUUUCUCCUUACCAGACAACAUUGUUAACGUUUACAUGGGUAUGGGUGCUGAUCCAGUUAGUUACACCACUCUUUUCACAGAACUAGACAUGGGCCAAAUUAGUGCUAUGUUAACAUGGUUACCAUGGUACUCUUCUUUGGAACCAAAGAUCUCAGCUGCUAUGGCUCCAUUCCAAACUACCUCUACUUCUACAACCACCUCUAUUACAACUUCAACUGCUCAAACCCCAAAGACCGUUGCUAAGACCACCACUACUCCAGUUGCUGCUGCUUCUUCUGCUCCAGCUGCCGUCUCUUCUAUUGCUCCAAUUUUCUCUAACUCAAAUACCACUGCUGCCGCCGGUGGUGUCAGUGUCACUACUGCUAUCACCAAAAUUACCAGUACUGAAACCUCUACCAUCUGUACUGAAGCUAAAUGUCAAGGUGCUAAGACUGUUAUUGCUGCUUCUUCUGCUCCAGCUGCCGUCUCUUCUAUUGCUCCAAUUUUCUCUAACUCAAAUACCACUGCUGCCGCCGGUGGUGUCAGUGUCACUACUGCUAUCACCAAAAUUACCAGUACUGAAACCUCUACCAUCUGUACUGAAGCUAAAUGUCAAGGUGCUAAGACUGUUAUUGCUACUGAAACCAACCUUUUCACCAACACUACCACUUACUGUUCUUCCACCAUCAUUACUGAAAGUGUUGCUACCGCUUACAAGAAAGCCACUGAAACUGCUACCAAGACUGUCUGUACCGAAUGUCUAGAAGGUAAGACUCUUAUUGCUACUGAAACCAACGUUAAGACAGGUACUACCACCAUCAACAGUUGUCCAUCAGAAUCUACCGAAGCUGCCGUUAAGCCAACCUCCAGCAACGAAGGUACUUCUACUUUGAAGACCACUGUUACUGUCAAGUCUAAGUCUUCUGCUGCUCCAUCCACUGUUGCUCAAGUCUCCACCGCUCAAACCUCUUCUCAACAAGUCAUUAACCAACAAACUGAAAAUGGUGCUGCCAAGGCUGUUGCUGGUUUAGGUGCUGGUUUCUUAGCUGCCGCUGCUUUGUUGUUAUGA